CAGGUGACUGUCUGCAGACAGAACAUGGCUGACCUGUCAGAAGACCAAUGAAGGAAAGGCCAAAUUUUGCAUAAUCGAUCUUAUUUUUUUCCCUCGUUUCUGACCGCAGUUGUCCGUCUUGGGCAGCGUUUGACCCGAGAUACUCAAGAUGAGUGCUUUGCCAGAUGGAAUGGCAAAUGGCCCAAGCAGGAGUGAGGCUUUUAGCAAAGAUGCUCAGGUUUGGGAGAGACCGUGGAGUCUGGAGGAGAUACGACAACACAGCGCCAACUGGUCCUUAGCUGCUGACUCGGGGCUCUUCCUCUUCCUGCAAGACUUCUCUCACAGAAUGUUGUCAAAGACACAUGAGAUUGAAAAGCAGUUGGAUGGGCUCAUCCGGGACACCAAGGCCACUGACAGCCACCUGCACUCUGUCUUCAAUGAUUUUUUAAUGCUAUCUAAUACACAAUUCAUAGAAAACAGAGUGUAUGAUGAAGAGGUGGAGGAGACGAUCCCCAAAGCCGAGGCUCCGGAGAAGCAGCCUGAUCAGGAGAAGACACGAGAGCAGAAAGAGGCAGAGUUGAUUCCUAAGAUGCAGGAAGCCAUCAGUUACGGCCUAAAAGUACUGGAGUCAGCCUUUGAGCAUCUGGACAUCAAAGCAGGGAACUCUGAGUCUGAGGACGAGGAAAUCCCAGACAAAGUGGAGUCCAUCCUGGAACCCAAGGAUCUCUAUGCAGACAGGCCGCUGCCAUAUCUGAUAGGCUCCAGAGCCUUCAUGGAGCAAGACGAUGUGGGACUCGGUGACCUGUCGAGUGAUGAAAUGUCAGUCGAAAGCGACAGGGACAGUGUCAUCGACAGUGAAGAAGACCAAGAUGAACUUCACUCUGAUGAUGACUUUUCCCAGGAGGAACAGGAAACUCACAACAACAUUCAAAAGAAGAAGUCAUCUAUGAUUAGUUUUGAAGAAGAUGAAGAAGAGGAGGAUGAGGAUUCAGACUUAUUUGAAAAAUCUGAUGAAGAUGAAGAUGUUUCCAAGAACACCCGCUCCUCAUCAUUUGCUGAGGAGUUAGCCGCCCGAAUCAAAGGGGAACAAGUUUCGAGGCCGGAUGGAGAUCUUGCAUCAUUAGCAUCUAAGAGGAAGAGUAAAAGCAGAAAAGAGCCAAAGCCCACAGAGCCAGAGGCUGAGGACGACAGUGAUGAUAUGUUUAAGCCUCCUAAGAUGGAUGAUCAUUAUGAUGAUGAAGAUGAUGACGAGUUCUCUCCAUUUGGAGGAAAAAGUGGCCUCUUCAGUGGAGGAAAGGGUCUCUUUGACGAUGAUGAUGAGGGUGAUCUUUUCUCUGAGGCACCAAAACCUGCUUUGGGAGAUAAACCAGUAAUAAAUAAAGACAUAAAAAGCAAAGCUCCAACUCCAGAUAAGAAGAUUCCGGCUGGUGCGGUAUCAAUAUUUCCAGAUAACAGCCUGUUUGGUUCAGGACAAAACAACGACUCAGAGGAGAGAAAAGAGAACGGGACCCCAGCUGCCGGCACCAAAGCAUCUCCCAAACAAACUCCUGCACGGCCCAGUGCUGCGGGAAUCGGGGGACUGUUUGAUGAUGAGGAUGAAGAUGAUUUCUUUAGUGGCAAAACCCUGAAACAGUCCGACUCCGCUACACAGAAAAACCUUAAACCUAAAAGUUCAAUUGACCUUUUUGAUGAGGAUGAGGAUGAGGAAAUUUUUAGUGGGAAGUUCAAAGCAGCGACUCCAACGCAAAGCAAGAGGGAGGAGGAGGCAAAGGAUUAUCCCGCAGAGAAAAAGAUGCCAGCUGGGGCUAAAUCCAUGUUUGGGCCUGCAACUAAAAGCCUGCUAAGUGAAGGCUUGAAAAAACGGCAGCAAUCCACCAGCGAGGGCUCUGAGAAAUCAGAAGAGAUUGCUUCUGUUGCCACUAAUGUUGGAAAAGCGCCAGUAAAGCCGAGGGAAAAUCCUCAGCAUACAAGCCUGUUUUCUGAUGAUGAAGAUAUCCAGAUUGCUCCUGCUGCUGCUGAUGUUGGAAAAGUUCCAGUAAAGUCAGCUGAAAAUCCUCAGCAUACGACCCUGUUCUCUGAUGAUGAAGAUUCUCAGUUAUUUCCAGGUAUCACCAAGAGCCAGUCUAAGCCUGAACCUACACAUGUGGCUAAAACCAGCAAGCCCCCGCUGUCAUUAUUUUACGAUGAGGAAGAAGAGGAUCUGUUUGCAUCUGCCUCCAGUUCGAAAGGCAAACCUUCCCAAGCUAAAGCCUCGGUACCACAUCCCACCAAAGCUACAUCCAGCUCCCUUUUUAGUGAUGAUGAGUAUCAGUGGAUGAAUUCAAACAGUAGCACAUCAAAGGCAGACAGUAAACCAGGAGGAAUAAAAACCAGCACCAGUGCCCCAUCUAAUCUCCCAAGCUCUAAAGUAUCUCCAAAUAGCAGUCUGUUUGACGACAAGGAUGAUGACGAUCUGUUUGCCCAGACAAAGACAUCAAGUCAAAAGAAGUCACAGAGGGUAUCGCUCCUGUUUGAAGAUGAGGGUGAUGAUGAUGAAGGAAAAGACCCUUUGUUUGGCAAUAAACCUGCAAACACUGGACCCCCACCUAAAAUACCUGCAGCCACGUCACAGUCCCUAAAGUCAGAGGAAGUUUCAGUGUUUGAGACCCCUGCAAAAAACAAACCUGAAGUUCAGCCGAAACCGGCUGAAAAGAAACCCGAACCACUGCCAACUGUGCCAUCACAAGACAGCAAUGAAAUCCGAAAGAAGCCUGCUGGAGCAGUCAGUCUCUUUGGUGGCAUUGACGUUCUCGGCAACAAGCAGACAAAGGAUCCUCUGGACGAAGAAGAUGAGGAUGACAUCUUCCUCUCGAAAGGCAGCCCCCCACCAAUGUUUAGGACGGAGGAAAAGAAGCAAGACAAAGGCAAAACAAAAACUGUUAGCCUGUUUGAUGAGGAUGAGGAAGACGAAUCAGAAUGGAGUGAUCCAAUAUUUCCACCCAGUAAGCCCACAGCAGGAGAAACACUAAAGCCCACAGAGGAGCAACAGCAGAAAACGAGCACAGGGGUUUUCCAGGAUGAAGAGCUGCUGUUCAGUCAAACGCAGCAGAAGGACAAUGACCCUGAUGUUGAUCUCUUUGCAGUUGCAGCAAAAACUGAGAACUCUAAGGUCAGUGCGGUGAAACCAGUAGCACACAGUCUGUUUUCAGAUGAUGAAGAAGAUGACAUUUUCAAAUCUGUCAAGGCAACUCCUCCUCCUCCGAAAGUUGCCAAGAAACCAAGUAACCCUCUUGACAAAGCACCACUUGCAAGCCCAGAUCCUGUUUCAGAGAUUCAGAAAUCAGCAACAAGCCAUGUAAAACCUAAAGAUCCCUCAUCAAGGAUUGGGAAACUUCAAGCUAAUUUGAUGAUCAACCCUGCUGCUUUGCUCCCUGGUGCUGUGUCCAGCAUGUCAGGGACUCUGAGCUCUUCGUCUGGGGUGUCCAGCUCCAGCCUGAGCCCCAGCCCCGUAUCAACCCCCAUAGGAGCACAUGAAGAAAGUGAAGGGGGGGUGAGCUUUGAUACACCAGUCCAGGUCACAACCCUCCAGAGUGCACACAAGGACCGUGCAAAAGGUUCGGCUCUCCGAAGACCCCAGUCCAGAGCGGCAAGGCAGCAGGCGGUUAAAAAGUUGAUGGGAGACAAGGUUCAGGGCAAAGGAGAUGAUUUUGGGCCAAGUCCGAGUGUUUCCAGCUUAUUCGUACCCACAUCUGACGAGUCCAGCAACAAACCCAUAAGCCCAACAUCACCUUACUCAUCUCAACUUUCAACCUCACCCAUGCCCUCACUUUCACAACCGUCUUCCUCUCAGACCUCCUCCAGGCCCUCGGAGCUGUCACUGCCAGUAUCGGCAAACUCAGGAAGUAAAGACUUCAGUAAAGACAGCAUCAGUACGAAGAAACAACUAUUGUUAGAAGACGAUGACCUCUUUGAUUCAGACGGUCUUUUUGGGCCUAAAACGGUCCUUAACAAUCCCCCCCCUAAAGAUACCACCAAGGCCAGUGAUCAAAAGGCUGCUAGUGAGGCAGCACUGAAGAAAGAAAAAGAUCCCAGCAGUCUUCCAUCUAUUUUUGAUGACAACACAGAUGACCUGUUCAAAAAGGUUAAACCGCAGUCUGUGACAAAGAAAGUUAAGACAUCGCCUUUUAUGGAUGACGAUGAUGAUGAUGACGACAUAUUUGGACUUAACAGCAGUAGCACUACUACACCCAAAUCUAAUAAGAAAAUCAAGAAUGGCAGUAGUACUUCAACACCAGACAUUUUUCAGGACGAAGCCACCAUUGUGCCUAAAGCUGACAAGAAGCUCAAAGAGAAAAGCAUUGACGCUACCUUGCUUGACAACACUGUGGAUAUUUUUGCAGACCUGACAGACACUUUUAAACCAAAACAAAAGUCCAAACUAAAGGGAGAGACCAAGUCCAUAUUUGAUGAUGACAUGGAUGACAUUUUUACAACAAGCACAGCAAAGCCGGUGCCGAAGGCCCCUGAUAAAUCAGAGAGAACUCCACCAGCCAAGGAGACCAGUACUGCAUCGGAUGCCAGCAACAUAUUUGAUGACCCUCUUAAUGCUUUGGGUGGGAACUAAUGUGUUGGAGUGGCCUGAAUUUGUAUGAUUUUGGAUCUUUCUGCCUCUUCAUUAGGUGAUCAAGAAAAGAUAUCUGACGCACUGUUGAUAGUAUAUUUAUUGCUAUAAUAUAUCAGUAUGUGGCUUAUUCGUGUCUGAUACAGACUAUAAUUAAUAUGAUUCCAUUCAUCUUUCAGCAGUUUGCAAAAUUAUCCUGGCAUCAUUGGUAAUAUAACUGUUUAGUCUUUAUAAUACAUUAUAGCACUUUAUAAGCAUACAUUAUGCUUAGUCUCAAGGCCUGCAGAAAUUAAGUUUUUGUUUAAUUUGAGUUUUGAGAUGUCAUGUCUUUAGUUUUGUGCCAUAUCAUUCAUAAUGUCUUAGUCAUUUUUGAAAAUGUUUUUAAGAAUUUCAUCCAUUUCCUAACUUUGACGAUGAUAAAGACUAUGAUUUUUUUUAAUGACUAAAAUGAAACAUAUUUUAUCUGA